UGGGUAUGUGCAGAGAUCAGCCCAUGGAUAUCCAUCCAUGGAUACCGGGUAUAUGUACUUGGCGGCUGUCGAACAGCUGACAAGAGACCUUAACGACAUCUGGACAUCUGGGCAUCUGGAUCUCUUAUGAAGUACUUAGGUACAUAUCGAUACUACCAACUUGAACUUCAACCACAUUCUUUAAAAUUCCGACUCCAAGAUUCAACUGUCAACGCUCAACAUUCUCGUCAUCCGAUCUAACUAUAUUAAAUGAACCUCAGCUAUCAUGGCAGAGAUGACACGACCAACUGUUCCAGCAAAACUUCCAAGCCUUGUCAAGGCAGCUUUUGAUAAAGCACGGCUUUCUGGUGACUUAACGUACUACCCGACCCAAGUCGCUGUCUUGGCACCUAAUUCUAUCCCAUUUCAGCUUCGUUUCUCGCCAGCCUUGGCAUCAAAACCCAAAGCUCCCAAGCCGAAAGAGCCGAAUGGGAAACCAUUCAAUCCUUUCGAAAGUCCCCUACCCGCCAUGCUUAUCGCUGAUUUUCCGCCGUCUCACCGACUUGUCUUGAACAAGUUCGCUGUUGUACCUGAACACUUCCUCCUAGUCACCAAGGAGGUUAAGCCCCAGACCCACGUGCUGGAAAUUGAUGACAUAGCUGCGACUUUUGCUUGUAUUCAAGCCUACCGAGUAGAGGGCCAGGAGCUAUUCGCUUUUUUCAAUUCAGGGCCAAAUUCCGGUGCUAGUCAGCCACACCGACAUCUGCAGCUGCUACCUGUCCAGUCUAUGAGGGAUGGACUGGAAAAUGUAAAUCAGGGCAACGAUUGGAGUGUACUGGCAGACAGGCUCAGUGAGUCUGGCAAUGCACUGCCAUUUCAAGUCUUUACCACAAGCAUGCGUCCAAACAUGACCGCGGAAGAGAGGCAUAGCGCGUAUUUGAGCCUGUAUAGAUGUGCCGUCAAGGCCGUCUUUCCGCAAAGUGAAGCGCGUAGCGAGGAGGCUGAGAUUAGUUAUAAUUUUACAAUGACCAGCCAAUCGAUGGCCCUAUGCCCGAGAAUGGCAGAGGGUACAAUGAUCAAAGACAAGUUCGGCAAGGACAUCGGCGUCGUAUCACUAAAUGGAACUGUUUUGGCCGGCACCGCUCUCGUCAAGAAUGAAGCCGAAUGGAAUGCUUUACGAGAAGAUCCCAAUAUGUUGCUCGGCGUUCUCAAGGGCAUUGGCCUACCAUCCUAAUAACAGAUGUUAAGAAAAGCUCAGCUGGAAAUAACAUGAGAAGCUACUAGCUACUCAUGCAAAAAUAGCGAUAGCUGUGAGAUCCUGACGCUACAUGGUCAUGAACAUUGCCUAUUGCAAGGCUCUAUUAUUAUCCUUAUCAUACAAACAUACACGCUCUCAAGGCCAACACACAGACUUUAACCAAUUCGUUCAUAUCAGUCGAGCGUAAGCCAUUCAAGCUCAUUUGCAAU